AUGGAUCCCACCGGAGCCGCGGACUACCCAAACAUGACGGGGGACGAGCAGUGGGACUGGUCCGACUACGACAUGACGGCGUACGCCGACCUCUACCCCCAGCACAACUACGCCGAGAUGAGCUACGCCAGGGCGCUGUACACCUUCUUCGUCUGGGAGACGUGGAUGUCGGUGAGGCAGAUCUUCACCAGGGAGCUCCUGCACCCGGUCCUCCUCUACGCCCUCAGCGUGGGCUGCAUCGCCGCCGCCCUCAACGUCCGCGAGCGCUACCGCGCCGCCUGGGUCGCCGCCUCCGUGGCCAUCGGGGCCGCCAUCGUCGAGUACGUCGCCCGGACGGACUUCGUCUACGUCGUCAAGGACUCCCUCGUCCGCCUCGUCGUCAUCCACAACCUCGGCGCCGUCGUCAUGAUCCUGUGGGAGCGGUUCUGCCUCACGGACGAGCAGAAGGCGCUGCCGUGGGGGCGCCGCGCCGUCGCGACCUACAAGAUCAUGUGGAACUCGCGCUUCGUCAACACCGCCCGCCCGGCUCCCGUCUUCCAUCUGCUCAAGGCCGACGAGGAGCGCCAGAGAGAGGUCCUUCGCACCGCCGCCGAAGAGGAGAAGGACGUAAGCCGAGAUGGUAAUACCGCUUCCAUUGGGAACCCCGACGACACCAACGAUACCAACAACUUUCAUAAGACAGCUUGGAGGACGACACGACACGUCGGCCGUGGAGCCUGGGGACGCGUCCGCCAGCCCAUUUCCCGUCUCUGGAGCGCGCUCACGCCGAAGCAGCGCUGGAUCGCGCGGACCGUCGCCAAGAUCACCGUCGUCUGGGCCGUCGACCGCGUCCUCGACCAGCUCGCCGACGUCUACAUCGACUUCGACUGGUGGGACAUCCAGCUGCACAAGACGUCGUUCCUGCGGCGGCUCGGCGAUGUCAGCGCGCGCGAGGUGGUGAUCCGGUGCUACUUCGCGUUCCAGGCCGUCUGGGGCGCCUACGCCUUCUACACGAUCGUGCACUCGGCCAUGGCCGUCUUCUUCGUCGGGCUCGGCGUCGACGAGCCCGACGAGUGGCCGCCCGUCUUCGGCGACGUGCGCGAGGCCUGGAACCUGCGCCGCUUCUGGAGCAAGUACUGGGACCGCCUCAUCUACCGCGCCGUCAACGGCCUCGGCGAGAUGCUCCUGACGGCCGUCGGCCUCGGCGGGCCCCGGCCCUUCCGCGGCCGCAAGCGCUGGCUGCUCAACGGCCUCGUCUUCGCCAUCAGCGGCGUCUUCCACGGCUUCACCGACUACUUCUCCGGCAUCCGCUGCAGCUACGUCUGGGAGUUCUGGUGGUGGGCCGCCAACUUCGUCGCCGUCGUCGGCGAGACGGCGCUGCUCCACGCCGUCCGCACCUAUUUCCCGCGCUUCCACCACCGCAUGAGCGGCCGGCCGGGCAAGGCCGUCGGCUUCCUCUGGGUUUUUGCGUGGCUGUUCUGGGCGUACCCCAAGAGCCAGUUCACGACCAUGCACUGCCUGCCUGAGAAUCGUUAG